UUCUCCAGUGAAGUCUUCUCCUUCUCCAGUGUGACGUAAAUAUGAAAAAGACAACGGCGGACUAAUAUACCCUUCUUUAGCAAUACAGAGAUAGGAGGUGAGAAGUUGAUACGAGACUCAGCCCAGUAUUAUAAACAGCUUAUAUGGUGAAGAAAAUCACAGUUUCAGUUUUUUACUCUUGGAAAUGAUUCGAUGAUGAAUUCCAGCUCCGCGAAAAAUACCUCUUUUGUAGUAGCAGAGCCUAUGUCUGAUAUCUGAUGUGCUAUGUGAUGUGGAUUCUACAGUGUUUAUUACUAGAACAAUCAAGAAUCAAUGGCAUUCAUACAGUUUUCAGUUCCAGUUCCAGUUCCAAAUAUAAAGCCUAGAACAACAGACCCCUUAAUUCAAUGCAUCAUUGACAACAAAUUGAAGAAGUUAAAGAAACUGCUCCCAGGGCAUAAUAUUAAUGGACUCUACCCCUCCGAACCCUGGAAUGAUGAUGUGACCCUACUGACGGCUGCAGUCGUGUCUGGAAAUGAAGAGAUUUGCAACUUUCUCUUAAGAGAGCAGGCUGACCCCAAUAUAAUCUCAACGAAUGCGUUUUCACCUCUACACUACGCUGCUUGUACACCUGGAGUUCCACUCAGUAUAGUGAGAAGAUUACUUGCAGCAAAGGCCAAUCCAAAUGGUCAUCAACUACAGAUUUCACCAUUGCAAUUUGCUGCCACUAACGACAGAGCUGACAUGGUAAAAGCACUCAUAGAAGCUGGGGCUUCUGCUGAAAAACUUUUUGGAGCUAACCCAGACAUUGAUAAGAAAGUGGAGAACAUUAUUCAUCAGUUGCCUUCAGGGAAUGAAGUUCUUAAGAAAUGCAGAAUCUUUUUUGAUUUUACUUCUGCAGUUCCCAAAAAAACUCAGUUAGAAGUUUUCAACCUCUUUAAGGAACAUUUUCUUGAGGAACAUCCUUUUACCCAUGUUACACUGUUUGAAAGGUACUUUACAGUUGUGGGUCCCGGUGCUGAACAAUAUCAACAAAGCAGCAUAGGGUGGUUGAAGGAUUCCAGUAACAGAGACCUUUACAUCAAGGGCUUCAUCAGCCGCUUUCCCAGGAUACCUUAUGAACAACAAAUGCUUGCACUGAACACUUUCCAGGCUGUAAUUUGCAUGAUGAAAGAAAUAUCUCCACUUGUCUUCAAUGAGCUUGUACCCAUUCUAAUAGAAAGGGCAAGGCCUACUGGCCCUCAGGGAGAACCAUUAAUUCAGUUAAUACUAAACAUUCUGUGUGUGAUUAUGGAGAAGUCCUCAAAACACAAAGUUGGUGUUGAUGAUCUGAACAUUUCUGUACUUAAGAACGUAUGCAGUAGACUUAUGGCUUUCAUCAGUCCUAACUACUCAGUUACUGUCAGAAUGUUUACUUACCGCUUGUUUGCUGAUCUUUAUGUGUUCAUCCCAGAACAUAUUCAUUCAUGUGGAAUACACUCAGUGCCUGAUGGGAUACUUAAUCAUGCAGAAAUGGCGAUGGAUUAUGUUAAGGACAAGCUGCAAAAACUGGACACAAAUCUCAGACAUCCGCAAAGUUCAAGUGUGUUAGAUAAUGUAUGUGAAGGAGAAGAAAGCACCUUGUCAAAGAACAAGAAAAAGAAGCUGAAGAAAAGGAAGAAAAAAAAAGAAUCCCAGGAGAAGGGACAAGAAACAGAAGAGAGUACUGAGUCAGAUGCUGCCAGAACAUCAGUUGAGGAGUCAGGUCCCACUGUACAGCCUUUCACUUCUGACAAAGAGAAUUCAGCUUCACCAAGAAAAUGGUACCAAAUCAGCCAACGCUGGAGGCCAAAACUGGAGAAACUUGCGAACAUUGAUGCAAGUAAGGUUUAUAAACUGGGCAAUCUUACAAUUGGUGUUGAUCCAGAAUUCCAGAUAGCUAAAGGAAGUGAUGGAACAGAGGUUUUUCUGGGCCUGAGGGACGAUGGUACUGAAGUAGCUGUCAAACGAAUGCUCAAAUCCAAUUAUCAAUACCUCAAAAAUGAGGAAGAAUUUUUACGGCUUCCAGAGCUUGACCACCCUUUUAUUGUACGAUAUGUGGACUUUGCCAUGGACAAAUACUUUGUAUAUCUUGUCCUUCAGCUUUGUGAAUACACACUGGAAGAAUACAUCCAAAAUCACUUGCCAAAAGACAGUUCUGAUCAGGAAGCUGAGCUAAAGAAAAUUGUAAAAGAGGUGCUAUGCAGCCUUAAAGUUCUUCACAGUGAAGACAUCAAAGUACUCCAUCGAGACAUCAAACCCCAGAAUGUUCUGAUUGAUAUAACAGGAAAGGCACGGUUAGCUGAUUUCGGUAUAAGCCGGAGACUGAAUUUAGGACAGACAACUUUGCGAACUAAUCCUGCUGGAACAAUGUGCUGGAAAGCCAAAGAAACUAUCAAAAGGGAUGAAUAUGUUUAUAAGAGGAGUUCUGACAUUCAGGUUGCAGGAAUGUUAGUGUACUACAUCCUCUCUAAGGGACACCAUCCGUUUGGUGAAGAGGUCCGUAUUGAGGUUAACAUACUUGAUGGGAAGUAUUCACUGAAACAUCUGAAGGAUGAUCUGGCGAAGGAUCUAGUGGAGUGGAUGAUCCAGGAAGAUAUGAAUGAGAGACCUAAAGUAGAGGAGACCCUCGCUCAUCCCUUCUUCUGGACAGAUGAAAAGAAACUGGAGUACCUAAACAAACUGGGAAAUGUGACGGAGGUGCAGAACUAUCGCAAUGCGGAUGAGGAGCUCCUUCAUGCUUUAGAGGAACUGACAGUGGGGAAAACCUUCUCAGGUUGGAAAGCAAAAUUUCCGGCUGAGGUUGUGGAGAAACUGGAAGGGAGGAAAAAGGCAUACUCGGAAGACACACUUGGUCUGCUGAGAUUUAUACGGAAUCUACAUGAGCACUACCCUGAAGAUGCAGAAAAAAUAAACACUAUGACCUUGUUUCCUGACCUUUUUGGAAACGCUUUCAAGUUUGCCAAAGACAGAGGAUGGAACACCAGACCAAGUUUAAGAAAGUGGAUCAAGGCUGUACCUGUGAUUUGAUGGCACAUAAGGGUAGUGUAAAGAAGGAGGAACAUGAACAAUGUGGCAGGGAUCAAUGUAAUGUAUCUGCAUAUUGCAUUAAUAAACAGAUAAAAAAUAAAUUGGCCAAAAAAAGGUUGUCACCAAAAAAGAAAAAGGUCACUCACUCUUAAUACUUUGUUGGACCACUAUUAGGUUUGACUGCAGCGCACAUUUGCUGUGGCAAAGUUUCAAUAAGCCUUUGCUAUGCCACACGAUUUAUUUAAAUCCAGUGUUGCAUUAGUUUUUCACCAAGAUCUUGCAUUGCUGAUGGUCGAGUCACAAUCAUCUAUCAAGCAAUUAUAGCAGUAGCGUAGGCUCUUCUCACACUCAGGUUAUAUACUGGGCGUGGCGACACACUCACCGAUUAUUGUUUAUCCUGCCCAGAGGGUUAGCCAUCUGGCAGCCUUUUUUAUUCAUGGAACCAAGGUAACACAUGUAAUGACACGUUUUGGACAAUCUAAGGUGUAUUAUUUUUAUAAGGUGUGUUUUGUUUUUUGUGUAUUUUGUAUUCAUUUACACAUUACCGCUUAUUUGCUUAAAUUUCAGUUUUGACACAGUGUGAAGAAUCAUAUUUACUUACAUGUUUUAUAUUAUACUUUAACUUUUAUAGUUACUGAUGUAUUUCUGCCCUUCCUGGUACAUUUUAAUUUCUUUAAACUGGUGAACUAAAAUGGUGUCAGGAUAAUGUUUUGGACAGAGUAAUUCAAUCACAAUUUUAGGGAGAAAUUGAAUUAAAUGGCUUUUUUUAUUGUGGUCAUAUCCAUUUAAUGGAGCAGAUCCCAUAUGGUAUGAAGCACCAUAAUGCCAAAAUAAACCCUAGUUAAUGAAAUGCACUGGUGGUGGUUCUGCCGUAUGAAAGCAUUGCUGUCAGAAAUUAUACUUAAUAUUCAUGUGGCUUUUUAUAUUCUCUGUAUUUCAUUGAAAAAAUGUUUCUUGUAUGGACCAAGCGUUACGUUACAUUUAGCGGCUUUUAUCCAAAGCAACUUACAAAUAUUGAUGUACAUUUAGCAAUAAUAGAGGACAUAGAAUUUCAAAACAUAAAGUAGAAGUUGUUUUUCAAACAUUUUGAAUGCCCCUGUUCAUUGUGGUUUGCAAAGUUAACAAAUUCUCCACAGGAAACAAUCUUAAAUAUAGCAUUUUAUAAAUUGUAAAAAUAUAUUUUCUAGAGUUGCUGGAUUUACUAUAUUGGAAAAAUAAAUCAUGUUGCACAUGCCACACCUUUUGUACAUGAUACUUGUUGACUUUUUGUACUAUUGAAUGCUUAA